AUGGCUCGUGGACUGCAGAUAAAAGAUGAAGAAAGUGGCUAUAACAAAAAUCUAUUUUGCAUUCCUAAGCAUUAUGAAGAAGAUUUAGAAAGAGUCUUCAUUCCUCAUGGACUCAUCCUGGACAGGACAGAACGCUUGGCUAGAGAUAUCAUGCAAGAUAUGGGAAGCCACCACAUUGUUGCACUCUGUGUCCUUAAAGGAGGCUAUAAAUUCUUUGCUGAUUUGCUGGACCAUAUAAAAGCACUAAAUCAAAAUGGUGAUAAAUCUGUGCCUAUUACUGUGGAUUUUGUUAGAAUAAAAAGCUACUGUAAUGAUUCACCUGCAGAAAAAAACAGUAUUGUAGGCGAGGAGCUGUGUACACUAAAUGGGAAGAACGUGUUGGUAGUAGAGGACAUUAUUGAGACUGGUAGAACAAUGAAAGCACUACUUUCAAAACUAAAAGACAAUGAACCAAAGAUGGUAAAAGUUGUAAGCCUGCUCGUUAAAAGGACGCAUCAAAAUCCAGGUUACAGACCAGACUACAUAGGCUUUGAAAUUCCAGAUAAAUUUGUGGUUGGAUAUGCACUUGAUUACAAUGAAUACUUCAGAGAUCUAAACCACAUCUGCAUUCUGAAAGAGAAAGCCAAAGAGAAGUAUAGGAUCUGA